ACACAGCUGCACACAAGGCUGCUUUAUUGCCUUCGGAUGUAUAUUUGCGCAUUGGUGAGUCUCAAUGAGCCACUUGUUACCUGCUUUGGUAUCUUCAAAUCGAUCAAGUCUGACAAGUAUCAGUCGGCAUAUCCACUACGACCGAUUUGAGCGGCGUUCCACCGUCAUGCUUCCUGGCAUGGAGGGCAAAUACAUUGCUCGCGGCCAAUUCGUUGGCAAAUCAAUCGCUGUGUUCACCAGUGGUGGUGACGCGCAGGGCAUGAAUGCUGCUGUCCGGGCCGUUGUUCGGAUGGGCAUCUAUUGUGGGUGUCGGGUGUAUUUCAUCAAGGAAGGAUAUCAAGGCAUGGUAGACGGGGGGGACAACAUCAUUGAGGCCGGAUGGGCUGAUGUGUCGAACAUUAUUCAGGUGGGCGGUACAGUUAUCGGGUCUGCACGGUGCAAAGCUUUCAUGGACCGUGCUGGUCGGUUGAAAGCAGCAUUGAACCUGGUGACUCGGGGCAUCACCAAUUUGGUCGCGAUUGGCGGCGAUGGAUCCUUAACUGGAGCGAACGAGUUCCGUAUCGAAUGGCCCUCAUUGCUGGAAGAAUUGGUGAACUCAAAAUGCCUUCAACCGGAGCAAGCGCACAAAUUUCCCCGUUUGAACAUAGUCGGUCUUGUGGGUAGUAUCGAUAACGACUUUUGCGGCACGGAUAUGACUAUUGGGGCCGAUUCCGCACUUCAUCGUAUCAUCGGAGCGACUGAUGCUAUCGCCACGACCGCCGCGUCACACCGACGAUGCUUCAUAUUAGAAGUGAUGGGUCGUCAUUGUGGAUACCUUGCUUUAGUGGCCUCGAUGGCAUGUGAGGCAGACUGGGUCUUCAUACCGGAGUUGCCACCGUCUGAUGACUGGCGCGAGAAGCUAUGUGCCAAACUUCGUUCGAACAGGGAUUCCGGACAGCGAGUGGACAUUAUCAUGGUCGCGGAGGGCGCGAUUGAUCGACAGUGUAACCCCAUCACUUGUGAAGAGAUACGCAAACUUAUCGUUUCCGAACUCGGACUGGACACCAGAAUCACCGUGCUGGGCCACGUUCAGCGUGGAGGUCGACCUUCCGCAUUCGACCGGAUCCUUGGAAGCCGUAUGGGUGCCGAGGCUGUGCUGGCCCUGAUGGAUGCUGAUCGCGAUACUACCCUGCCAGCUUGUGUGAUCAGUCUGGAUGGCAAUCAGGCGGUUCGAGUCCCAUUAGUGAGAUGUGUAGAAAAGACGCGAGCAGUUGCAACGGCUCUGAAGGAGAUGAAUUUCGAUCAAGCAGUGCAACUACGUGGGCCGAGCUUCAUGGCGAAUUUGUCGACCUACUUGAAAUUGUCGAAGACUGAACGUCCGAGAAAGAGUCAAUAUAACAAUAUACGUUUGGGCCUAAUCAAUGUCGGCGCACCAGCCAGCGGUGUGAAUGCAGCCAUGCGAAGUUUUGCCCGUCUGGGAAUCACCAAAGGCUAUCAGAUAAUUGGAAUUCACGAGGGAUUUUUGGGUCUAACCAACAACUUUUUGACUGAGAUUCAAUGGACCGAUGUCCGUGGUUGGGUCGCGAUGGGCGGUUCCACACUGGGAACACGUCGUGAUAAGCCAAGUGACUUGGGGAUGGAUUUGGUGGCCUCAAAAAUAAAGGAGCACAGACUGAGCGGCCUGCUGGUCAUCGGGGGUUUCGAAGCGUACGAGUGCAUGCUCGAAUUGGCCGAAGCACGUCCUAACUACCGGGAGCUGUGCAUUCCCAUGGUCAUGAUCCCAGCCACUAUAUCGAACAAUGUACCUGGGACCGAUUUUUCUCUCGGCAGUGACACAGCUCUGAACGAAAUUACCACGGUUUUAGACAAGAUCAAACUGAGCGCGAUGGGAACCAAACGGCGCGUUUUCGUUGUCGAGACAAUGGGUGGUUACUGCGGCUACCUGGCCACCAUGAGUGGUUUGGCCGGAGGAGCCGAUGCAGCAUACAUUUACGAAGAACCGUUCACCAUUGAUGACUUGCGUCAGGAUGUGGUCCACUUGCGUGCAAAAAUAGCCGACAAUGUUCAGCGCGGAUUGGUGCUUCGAACAGAGUAUGCGAACAAGAACUACACCAGUGAAUUCAUUCACCAGCUGUACGCCGAAGAAGGGAAGGGGAUCUUCGAUUGUCGAUGCAACGUCCUGGGUCAUAUGCAACAGGGGAAUGAGCCCUCCCCAUUCGAUCGUAAUCUGGGCACCAAACUUGGGUCCAAGGCUAUCGAUUGGCUUGAUGAGAAAAUUAACGAUGGUCUUCAGAGUAACGGCACCGUCUAUUCUCCAAAUCCGGAUACUUGUACCUUGCUCGGGAUAAUUCGGCAACACGCUACCUUUAGCGGAGUCAUGGACCUGAAACUAAACACGGACUUUAAAUACCGCUUGCCAAGGGAGGAAUGGUGGCUCAAUCUACGCCCCCUGAUGCGAAUCAUGGCCAAACACGACAGUCUCUACGAAUCGGAGAGCAUAAUGGCCGGUGUGGAUAGAGUGAGAUGAACCUGCUGACGCACACACACACACCCACACAGACACACGCACCGCCGCCGACUGGCAAACGCUGCUAUUAUCCCUAGAUCUUAUUUCUGUGUACUCCAUCUAGUCUACCUUGCAACUGUCACCACUCAUCCCUAUUUUUGCCCCGGUUUGUACAACACCUCAGUCAAUUGUGCUUCAUCGAUUUCAUCCGUAGUACUCCCCUUGUCCUUUCAACGUCAUUCGCGGCGAGAAUUCCUUGACUUCCUGUACUACUACUUCUAGUCGCUAUUUUUCGUUGUAUUAUUGACCUGUAGUUACUAUUUAUAUAACUUGAUCAACCGUGGACGCUUCCUUAGAGGCAGUCACCAUACCCUAUCUGUGUUUCUCAUACUUCUUAUACCUGGGGACGAACGAGUAUUAGGCUUGACCUGAAUUCUUUUCGACCAAGUGAAGCUAUACCACUGCUGUACGAGACGUUUGUAAGUCCUGAAAUCACUUGAGUCCAGAUCGAUAAGUCAAUAUCG